ACAAACAAAGCUGCAAGGAAGUGGUUCUGACUACAGGAAACUACUCCCGACUGGCGCUGGAAAUCCAGUUUGUUCGCAGUAUGGGCUACUACCUGAUUCAGAUCUACAUCCCAGCUAGUCUCAUUGUGGUCAUCUCGUGGGUCUCCUUCUGGCUUCACAGGAAUGCCACUCCCGCCCGCGUGGCCCUCGGAGUGACCACCGUCCUCACGAUGACCACACUGAUGUCCAGCACGAACGCAGCUCUGCCUAAGAUAUCCUACGUAAAGAGUAUCGACGUUUUCUUGGGGACUUGUUUCGUGAUGGUCUUUGCCUCCCUGCUAGAGUACGCCACAGUCGGCUAUUUAUCAAAGCGCAUCACCAUGAGGAAGAACCGGAACCAACAGAUCGUCAAGGCAGCAGAACAUCAUCGCCAAAUGUGCGCUGCCGCCGCCGCCGCUGCCGCCGAAGGAGGUGGGAGAAGAAGUAGUGGAGGCCCAGAGCCAGUAAUGGUCCCGCUUAAUGCCGAAGUACCAAUGGUUAGAACUGCAGUAAGUAGAUAAUUGUUCCGAAUAGAUAUAGUCAGUCCAAUAGAAUAUGUCCAAUAUGUAAAGUGUUUGCCAGUAUCACAUAGUUUAGUUGUGUG